AUGGGUAAGAAACUGAAAAAGGGACCCGCUGGAGGCGAUUUCUGGGACGACGAGGACUUGGGCGAGCAGCCCCAGGCCCAGGAGUUCGGCGCCGAAGCCACCCCCGAAGCGGGCGAGCUGGCUAAGGCCACCCCGGAGCCAGAACUGGCGCCGGAAGAACAGGACUUCUUGUCGUUGAUCGCCAAAAACAAGCAAAAGAAGGACGAAAAGAAGGCUGAAGAAGCUAAGGGGGCCCCGAAAUUGUUGCUGAAAAAGGAAAAGGAGAAAUUGAAGAAGGAGGCGGAAAAGCAGGCCAAGAAGGAGUUGGCGGCGAAGAAGAAGCAACAGCAGGCGGAAAAGAAGCAGGAAAUCAAGGAAGCCAACAAGAAGAACGCCGAACAGGCUGCCCUGGCCAAGAACACCCCCGAACCCGAAGAUAACGGCGACGGGGCGGGGGAAAAGAAGCCUACUUCUACUGUCAAGUCGAAGAAGGGGAAGAAGGCCCCCGCCGGGUUAGCGGCGUUGAAGAAGCAAUUGGAGCUCAAAAAGCAAUUGGAAGAAGAACAGCGCCGGUUGGAAGAAGAGGAAGCUGCUCGUGAGGCUGAAGAAGAGCGUAAGGCUCAGGAAGAAGCCGCCGCCCAGGAAGCCGCCCGCGCCGCCAAAAAGGAAAAGGAACGGUUGAAGAAGGAACAGUUGAAGGCUGAGGGUAAGCUUUUGACCAAGAAGCAAAAGGAACAAAAGCGUCUCCAGGAAAAGCGCCGUGAAGCGUUGUUGGCGGCGUCUAACAUCGUCGUCCCCGGCUUACAAAAGGACAAGGAAGACGACGCUGCUGCCCCGAAAAAGGUCGUCUACUCCAAGGGUAAGCUGAACAAGCUGAAGGCGUUCUUGCACAACAAGGUGCAACACACUAAUAAGCCCGCCGAGACCAAGGAAGACAAGACGAAGGAAAAGAACAACGACGACGACGGCGUGCUCGCCGACCUGUGGGAAGCCCUCGCCGACGACGACGACGAGGAACCCGCCGUCGACGACUGGGAAACCGCUCUUGAUGAAGAAGACGCUGCUGCCACCAAGAAGGCCGAGGAAGAGGCUAAGGCCGCCGCCGCCGCCAAGAAGAAGGCCGAGGAAGAAGCCGCCGUUCGCGCUGCCGAAGAAGCCAAGCGUAAAGCCGCUGCCGAACGGGCUGCUGCAGAAAAGGCUGCCCUUGAAGAAGCUCUGCGUAAGCGUACUCAGGCCUCUGGUGGUGCUUCCGAUAAAGAUAUGCGCUCGCCCAUCUGCUGUAUCUUGGGUCACGUCGACACGGGUAAAACGAAGCUUUUGGACAACAUGAGACGCACCAACGUCCAAGGGGGCGAAGCGGGUGGUAUUACCCAACAGAUCGGGGCCACUUACUUCCCCAUGGACGCCAUCAAGACCAAGACCGCCGUGAUGGCCGCCUUCGAGCGCCAGACGUUCGACGUCCCCGGGUUGUUGAUCAUCGAUACCCCGGGUCACGAGUCGUUUACUAACUUGCGGCUGAGAGGGUCGCUGUUGUGUAACAUCGCUGUUUUAGUGAUUGACAUCAUGCACGGGUUGGAACAACAGACCUUGGAGUCCAUCAGAUUGUUGAGAGACAGAAAGGCUCCUUUUGUCGUCGCGUUGAACAAGAUCGACAGAUUGUACGGCUGGCAAGAACACCCCAACGCCGCCUUCAGAGACACCUUCGCCAAGCAGGCGCAAUCAGUGCAACAAGAAUUCCACAACCGGUGGGAAGGGAUCAAGCUCCAGUUGGCGGAACAAGGGCUCAACUCCGAGCUCUACUUCGAGAACAAGAACAUGGCCAAGUACGUGUCGAUCGUCCCCACCUCCGCCGUCACCGGGGAAGGGGUCCCCGAUUUGCUUUGGUUGUUGCUUGAGUUGACCCAGAAGAGAAUGCUGAAACAGUUGAUGUACUUGCUGAAGGUCGAGGCCACCAUCUUGGAAGUCAAGGUCGUCGAAGGGUUCGGGUACACCAUCGACGUGGUGCUUUCCAACGGGGUGUUGCACGAAGGGGACCGAGUGGUGCUUUGCGGGCUUAACGGGCCCAUCGCCACCAAUAUCAGAGCGUUGCUUACCCCUCCCCCGGCGAGAGAAUUGAGAAUCAAGUCCGAAUACGUCCACCACAAGGAAGUCAAGGCCGCCCUCGGGGUCAAGAUUGCCGCCAACGACUUGGAAAAGGCCGUCGCUGGUUCCCGUCUCUUGGUCGUGGGCCCUGAAGACGAUGAAGAAGAGAUGAUGGAAGAAGUGAUGGACGACUUGACGGGUCUCUUGGACAUGGUCGACUCCUCCGGUAAGGGUGUCGUCGUCCAGGCGCUGACGUUGGGGUCGUUGGAAGCUUUGUUGGACUUCUUGAGAGACAUGAAGAUCCCCGUGAUGCUGAUCGGCUUGGGUCCCGUCUACAAGAGAGACGUGAUGAAGGCGGUCACCAUGUUGGACAAGGCCCCCGAGCUCGCGGUGAUGCUCUGUUUCGACGUCAAGGUCGACAAGGAGGCCGAGCAGUACGCCGAGGAGAACAACAUCAAGAUCUUCAACGCCGAUAUCAUCUACCACUUGUUCGACGCCUUCACCGCCUACCAGGCUAAGCUCCUCGAGCAACGUCGUAAGGACUUUAUGGAAUACGCCGUGAUGCCGUGUGUGCUCAAGACCAUCCAGAUUAUCAACAAGCGUAACCCGAUGAUCAUCGGUGUCGACGUCAUCGAAGGUACUUUGCGUAUCGGUACCCCCAUCUGUGCCGUGCGCAAGGACCCCACCACUGGCCUGCCCAACAUCAUGGUGUUGGGCCGUGUCACCUCGUUGGAAGUGGCCCACAAGCCCACCGACGCCGUCAAGAAGGGCCAGACCGCCCAGGGUGUGGCCAUGAGAUUGGAAAACCCGUCGCUGGCCCAACCCACUUGGGGGAGACACGUCGACGAGCUGGAUAACUUGUACUCGCUCAUCCUGCGGAAGUCGAUCGACACGUUGAAGGACCCGGCCUUCCGCGACACCGUGCUGAGAGAAGACUGGUUGUUGAUCAAGAAGUUGAAGCCGGUGUUCGACAUUAAGUAG